AUGCCUCAGCAAAAGGGUAAAAAGGCGUCAGCCAUAAUACCUACUGAAAAGAGGGCUCGAAUCGCUCGACGGACAUCCCCUGGAGACGGUCGACAAGCCCCGGGUUGCUGUCCAGUAACCGGACGUGGGAAAACAGGCUGUUCGGGGCUCUCGGCAAAGGAUCGACCCGCUUCUGUUCUCGCCCGGGACCCAAAAGGUCUGCUGCUGCUCAGAAUUGAAACCGUCGGUUGCUCGAUAAGAGCCUCGAGCGGCUGCUGCUCGUUGCCGGAAAAAGCUCGGGUCUACACGGCUAUGGCGAACGGCUGGGUGCACUCGUUCGCCGGCAGGGCUGCUCGAAUCUUCGCUAAGGGUCAGCCUUCGACAGUCGCGCUUGGUCUCUUCAGCCGUCGGGAACUGAAGCUCUUCGCCGGCGUUUUUCCGCUUUCGAUUGCACAAUCUCUGACGCCUGGAACUCGCCGGACUGGUGCUGCUCUCGCUGGAAAUCCCGUCGCUGAGGCUUGGUGCUCUUGCCGUUGGAUGGCCGGAGGGCAAAUCCGAUCAAAACAGUGUGGCCGGAAUUUGGGGAAAGGCCGAGGAUUAUGGACGCCGUUGCACGAGAGCUGCGACCGUUUCUUUGGAGGAGAGAGAGUUGCUCGAAUGAAGAAGAUGGGCUUAAAAUUGGUUGCUUAUUAUUAG